GCGGAUUUACUUGUGAAAGUUGCUUGACGACCUGAUGAAGCGGUUUUAAUCAUAGAUUUACGAUUCGGUACAAGUACCUCUAGACUUGCACACCCUGUGGGCCUAGCACACUCAGACGAUUUAUCCCAAGGACUCUAUGCUAACAUGCGACCUUAAGACGUAUCCAUAGAGGAUGCAUAGAUAUAUCUCGUGAAGAGAAAUAGACAAAUGUCAACCAAUAGUUAAAUCAAGGUUAAAUCGCUUUUCUGAUCUGUUAAUGUCAAAUUCAAGAGUGACGGAUGACGCACAGCAAUAUUUUUAUUUUGAAUUUCAACCAAAGAGUAAAUUAAUAUAUAUUUCAACUGAAAGCAUUACACAAUGACUAAUUAUUAUUUAAUUUAAAAUGUUGCAAAGUUCAUUGCAAAAUGUGGAAAAUUCAAAAUCACAACCAACGAUAUUAGCUUUUCAAAACAGAGAUGUGCAAAGCCAGUGGUCAGAGGUAUGGUCGACUACACAUAUUCCAACGUUAGACAAUGCCUCUGGAGGCGCUGGCGGCGGGAUGAAAGGUCGGCGCAAAAUUCGCCUGGGCUCGCUCGCUCUCGGUGCUUUUCUUACUAUGCAUUGCCGAGUGUCUGCUUCGGCACUUACGGGCGGAUUUUUUGUUUUCAUGUUGUUUCUUAUUUUGGCGACGGUGGCACUCGCAAAUCCGUUGCGACAUUUUGAGGUAUAUCUUGGACAGUGGAGUAUCAGUGGACCUGGGCGUGCCUUUCGUAUACUGCCAUUGUUUGAAGGUAUCGGUAUAGCAAUAUGCAUCAAUGCGUUAGUGCGAGCGAUUAUUUGCUGCACUAUAGCUGCCAUUACUGCCAUCUAUGUCACGCACUCUGUUGGUGACUCAAAGUUGCCAUACACGUAUUGCAGGGACUUUGAUCUAAAACCAUAUGACCCCAUACUGAAAGAAAUCAACUUAUUAAUGCUAAGAGAGUCAAGAUUCUCUUUAGCGACAGGACAUUCAGAAGACAGUGUAAAGGAGAUAGAAUCUGUUACCGUGGGCACAAAUGAUUUCGCUUGGAGGAACGCAAGUUAUUUAUCAAUACUUGAAGCCGGAAGAAGGCUAUCACAAAACAAGACUAGAUCUAAGGUUCAGCAAUACAUAGAAGUGUGCAACGAAAGCUACAAGAUAGGAUAUCCUAUUUUAUGUAGCACUCCAGUGUAUAACUUUUUUUAUGUAGAAGUUGUAUUGUUUCGUGAAGACUAUAACUUCGGUCAGUUUAACAUUCCGUUGGUAUUCUCUAUUAUUUUAAUAUGGGCAGUGCUGUGGUUAUUGCUGGUUGCAGAACGUUUGAAUCAUGGCAAGCUUGUUUGGAACAACAUGUCCGCCUGGCUUGUAGUUAUUCCCUGGAUUUGGGUAGCAUUGCUGUUGACAUCUGCCAUCGUUAACCUCGCCUCCGUGCCCAAAGCAAUACGCAAAGUUUUUAGAAUGGGUGCUAAGGAAAUUCUAGCGGGUAUGGCGGACGCGCUAGAAGUAGCCCUUUAUAUUCAUUCAGCUAGUAUGGGAACUGAGAUUAUUCACGGAAAAGGAUUAAAUCAUUUCGCGUCGGGUCACAUUGACCCACACCUGGGCGGAGAGAACGUGUGGCACAGCGGCCUGCUGCUGGCCAUGUCGGCUCUGCACGCCAGUGGCGCCGCCACGUGCGCCGUGGUGGACUGCGUGCAACCCAACACCAAGAGGAUGUAUGAUAUGAACGAGAGCACAUUGUGGAUAAUUCCCAUGUACUCCAAGUGUACAUUGAUUAACAAUUACUCGCAUUUCAUGUCCGUACUCAUAUUCAGCGGGCUUACAUUUUCCUAUAUAACUGUGGCGUUCGUUCUUGUUAAAACAUCGCUGCACACUAUAUUUGAAUAUAAAGUUAAAUUAGUGUUUGCAGAACAGAUGGUGGUAGCUGGCAUUGUACUGACUUGUAUGGGACUAAGCCUUCUAUUUGCCACUACUGGUGGUGUGGCGCUCCUAGAGAGCGUGGACGCGGUGAUGACCGGCGUGGCGAUGCCGUUCGUGUGUCUGCUGGAGCUGGUGGCGCUCAUCUACGUGUACCGCAGCCACGACUUCCUGUCCGACAUGAACGUCGCCACCGAGGAGAACGCCUGCGCCUCGAGGAUCAGCACUCAGUGGCAACUGAUACCUGCGAUCACUUUGUUAACACUCCUAUUGAAGUUGUCGGUACUGUGCAGUGCGGAAAUGCCGAGCUCGCUCAUGUGGACAGCGACCGCCGCGCUGGGCGCAGUGGUGGUCGCGGCGCCCGUGCGCGCCGUGCGCAACAUUUACACUUUCCUACGACAACGCCACGAGCAGAACUAAUAUAUACCUACUUUUUGAUGAGAAUAAAUAUUUAAAAAAUUAUAAAUUAAAAUAAAACAUUGCAGAAGUAUAAACCAUG